AUGUCAGAGGGGAUUAAGAAAGUCUUUGCUGAGAAGAAGGAGGCUGAUCAACCUGCAUUCGUCACCUUCUUAACAGCCGGAUUCCCAACUCGCGAUGCUACAGUACCAUUGAUGUUGUCCCUAGAAGCUGGAGGAGCAGAUAUCAUAGAAUUGGGUGUACCUUUCAGUGAUCCCAUUGCCGAUGGUCCUACUAUUCAAAAAGCCAAUACCGUUGCCAUUGAGAAUAACGUACAUUACUCGGACUGUUUAGAGUAUGUCAGACAAGCUAGAGCUCAAGGUUUGAAAGCUCCUGUAAUGUUAAUGGGCUAUUACAACCCUUUGAUCGCUUACGGAGAAGAGAAGGCUGUGCAAGACGCCAGAGAAGCUGGAGCAAACGGUUAUAUCAUUGUUGAUUUACCACCAGAGGAAGCUAUCAAGUUCAGAGAUAUAUGUCAACAGUUUGGCAUGUCAUACGUUCCCCUCAUCGCCCCUUCAACCAGUAUCGAUCGAGUCAAGUUCUUGACAGGUAUUGCUGAUUCCUUCAUCUACGUUGUCUCUAAGAUGGGUGUCACCGGUUCAUCUGCAGGUGUCGCUAUCUCAGCUUCCCUCCCUGAAUUAGUCGCUAGAAUUCGAGCUUUCACCCCUGUACCAUUAGCAGUCGGCUUCGGAGUCGACAAUCGAACACACUUUGAAUUCGUCACUUCCGCGGGUGCCGAUGGUGUUGUAGUAGGAUCCAAAAUCAUUCAACUUGUAGCUAGCAACGCAACAACCGGCAAAGGUCCAGCUGAGGUUGAGAAAUUCUGUCGUGAAAUAACUUUACACGGUCAAAAUCCACCACCAUUAGGUAGGAAAAACGGUACUUCACCAAAUGAACCGAAUGGACACACACCAAAUGGAAUAAAUGGAACGAAAGAAGAACCUGUGUUACCUAUCCCACCCGCUGAAGGAGCAUCAGAAGAUGAGUUACAUGUUACCGCACCUGGAAAACUUCCAUCAAGAUUUGGUCUUUUCGGUGGUGCUUAUGUACCUGAAUCAUUGGUUGAUUGCCUUAAUGAAAUUGAGGCUGCUCAUGCUGAAGCUAUUCAAGAUCCAGCAUUUUGGAAAGAAUUCGAAGAUAUGUUCGGUUAUAUGAAUAGACCAAGUCAAUUGUAUUUGGCUGAAAGACUGACUGAAGAAAUGGGUGGAGCGAAGAUCUGGCUCAAGCGAGAAGAUCUUAACCACACUGGUUCUCACAAAAUCAACAAUGCUGUUGGACAAAUCCUUCUCGCCAAAAGACUAGGUAAAAAGAGAAUUAUAGCUGAGACCGGCGCAGGACAACACGGUGUUGCCACUGCUACCGUCUGCGCAAAAUUCGGUCUACAAUGUGAUAUCUACAUGGGAGCGGAAGAUGUUAGAAGACAGGAAUUGAACGUUUUCAGAAUCAAGAUGCUGGGUGGUAAUGUCAUUCCCGUCACAUCUGGAUCACAAACACUCAAAGAUGCAGUGAACGAAGCUAUGAGAGAAUGGGUUACUCGACUUGAAGAUACACAUUACCUCAUCGGUUCAGCAAUUGGACCUCAUCCAUUCCCCACCAUCGUACGGGAUUUCCAACGGGUCAUCGGAAGAGAAAUCAAAUCACAAUUACAAGAAAAGGCAGGUAAACUCCCCGACGCCGUAGUAGCAUGUGUUGGUGGUGGAAGUAAUGCCAUCGGAACAUUCUACGAUUUCAUCGGUGAUGAGAGUGUAAGAUUAAUAGGUGUUGAAGCUGGUGGUCAUGGUGUCGAUACCGAUUUACAUUCCGCUACACUUACAAAAGGUGUGAUCGGUGUUGUCCACGGUGCAUCAUCAUAUAUCAUCCAGAGUAAAGAAGGUCAAUUGGUACCCACACACAGUAUCAGUGCAGGUCUCGAUUACAACUCUGUUGGACCUGAACAUUCACACUUGAAGUACACUGGCCGAGCUGAAUACAUCGUCGCUGAUGAUACACAAGCAUUGAAAGCAUUCAAGAUGGUCACUCAAUUGGAAGGUAUCAUCCCUGCCCUAGAAUCGAGUCACGGUCUUUGGGGUGGAAUGCAAUUAGCUAAAACUUUACCCAAAGAUAAAGAUAUUGUAAUUUGUUUGAGUGGAAAUGGUGCUAAAGACGUUUCUGAAGUAUUGUUAACAUUGAAGAAGAAGGAAUGGGCCGAUAAGUUAGAUUGGCACGUCGCGCAAUAA